GCCCGCAGCCCACCACACGGCGUCUUUAGGAAAUUAGAGAACCUCUGAAUUGAAUGAAAAAAACCAGGGUCAGAGUCCUUUCUUGGUUUUAUAACACUUCCCAUUUAUACCAGAAAGAGGACCUCAAAACCAAAACGUUUAUUUUGCCUUUUGUUCUCCUUGUCUUCAGGCUCCGCACGCAAACGAAACAUUCGCUGUUACAAACGACAUCGUGCGAUAUUGUGCGAUUGCUCUAAAAAGUAGUUGGGGGAAAGGAUAUCGAGGACGACACAUUUGCACUUGAAGAGUCGGGGAUGAUUGUAUUUCGUGUUUCCAUGGUUCGCUGUUGAUUCGAAUUUCUUCUGCAGGUCAGUCUGGUUAAAUCCUAUUGUCCUUUGAGGUUUCAUGGUUCGCGGUUAAUUUGAAUUGUCUGCAGACCCUUCGCACACCACGCCGGUCACAUAUCCUUAUAUUGCUAAUGCUUAUUAUUCAUGCUUCCAUAAAUGAUUGGGCCAUUCAUUUUGAACUUGAUAUGCUGUGAUGUGCUGCUUAUUAUGACAAGAGGCCUUAAAGAUAUCUGGUGGUAACUUAAACUAAACGACCAACAGUUACUGAACGAUGACGACGUUGACGUCCGUGAUGGAAAGCGCCGACGCGGUAGCGUUAACGUUAUGCGGCGUCGUUCUUCUAGCGUCCCUAGCCGUGUGGAGCAUGAGCCGCCCCCGAGGUUUCCCGCCAGGUCCUCUUGGGGUUCCCAUCCUAGGCAGCGUGUUCUCGAUGACGGCCAGCCCCGAGGAGAUCUUCGUGCGAUGGAGCAAGCAGUACGGCGACGUGUUCGGGUUCAAGGUCGGUCAGAGAAUGAUCGUGGUCAUCAACCACCAGGACGCUAUCAGAGAAGCCCUCCUCAAACACGGCAUCGAAUUCGCAGGAAGACCCGAUUUCUUCUCCUUUGGAGUGUUCACAUAUGGCUUUAAAGACAUUAUCUUCAGCUCGUACUCCGACACAUGGAAGCUGCAUCACAAGUUCGCUCACUCGGCUCUCAGACAGUUUGCAUCUGGUAAGCGCCUUGAGCAUCUCCUGCACGGAUCCAUCGCUAAGAUGGAGGGCUACCUCUCGAAGAUGGACGAUAGCGAGCCUGUAGAUCCCAAACUCGUCAUUACCCUCCUUCUCUAUAACGUCAUGUCGACAAUGUGCUUCGGAAAAGACUACGACUUCCUCGACGAGAAUCUUAUCGCAUGGAAGGAGAACAACGAGAAACUCAACCAAGAGUUCGGGAUGGGCGUGGCGGCCGAUUUCUUCGGAUGGGCCCAGUAUCUGCCGACACCUGGAGUGAAGAUGGUGCACAGAAUGCGAGACGAGCUUCAUCGGUUCGUCUGGGAUGAGCUCGAUAGCCACAAGAAAAACUUUGAUCCAGAUAAUGUUCGAGAUGUCUUCGACAUGCUCUUAUUAGCACAAAAGGAGGCGGCUGAUUCAGGAAACCAAGAUGCUGAGAAGCUGAGCGAUACCCAUCUGGUUCUAACUGUCAGCAACAUGUUUGCCGCUGGAAUCCAAACCACCACAGAAACGCUCUACUGGGCCUUAGCCUUCAUGGUCGAGCACCGGGACAUCCAAUCCAGAUGUCAGGCCGAGAUCGACAGGGCCAUCGGACGCAAGCGUGUUCCCGUCGUUGACGACCGUGGAAGCUUGCCGUAUACCGAGGCUACGCUCUACGAGGUGAUGCGCUACAGCUCCAUAUUGCCGAUAGCGGUGCCCCAUGCCACCACCUGCGAUGUGAAUUUUAGAGGAUACCGAAUCCCCAAAGGAGCCGUGGUGAUGUUCAAUACCUAUUCGAUGCACUACGAUCCCAAUGCUUGGGAGAGCCCUACUUCGUUCAAACCUGAACACUUCCUUGAAGACGACGGCAGUGUUCAACAGCAUCCGUCGAGUUUUCUCCCGUUCGGAGCGGGACGCCGAAGCUGCCUCGGGGAAGUCGCGGCGAAGACGGACCUCAUCAUCAUCUUCACCUGGCUGCUGCAGAAUUAUUGCUUUAAGACGGUACCAGGCAAAGAAACGACUAGCUUGCUGCGGGUGAUUGAGAACAGUGCUGUCGGGAGGAACCUGGAGAACUACGAGCUGAUCAUGGAAAUGAGAAAAUGAAACUGUAAACCCGUUGACUACUGACUUAUCUAAUUCCCAUAGACUUAACACAGGGACCAUCAGGUUCCAGUAAGCAAUGGGUUAACUGGCUAGAAUUAAGUGAUGGUCAUGGUGUGGUAAAAGAGUGCCGCCAUCAAUGUCUUUUCUUUUGAUGGUCUCUGCAGGAUUCUUCCUUCAAGAGAGUCCUUGGGAAAGGAUACAAGCUUUCGGUGACUUCCAUGAGAACAGUUCUGCCCGUACAAACCUGAAGACAUCUAGGGAACUACGAACUUAUCAUGGAACAUAGAAAGUGGAACUCUGAACCACGACUGACUCCAAAAAAAAAAAGCUAAGGAUGCGGUCAGAGUUAAAAAUGGACCGCGGAACAAUCGUCACCAGUGUAUGUCAAACCACGUAACAAAUUGGACAUUGUUCCUUUUCUUUAGUUUGGUGUUUAACCCACUGACUGUCGAAGUCUCACAUUGUCAUAGGUUUAAUACACCUGCACUAGUCUUGCCAGGAGGGAUUAUACCUCCCUGCAAGGUCACAGACAGGUGGCUAUCUCAUCAAAUCAGCUCUCAAUUAACAUAAGAAAAAGGGGAUCACGGGGGACCAACGGUCACCGCUUAGGCACUGUUGGCUAUAUAGAGGGCGCAAGUAGAUAUAAGGAGUGCAGUGGGGCUUUUAGGGAUAACAUUUUCUUGAAGUAAAUAAAAUAUUUUUAUAUUGAAGUAAAAGUAUUGCAAUGUCUUGUUGAGCUUACAUAUCUGUCACAACUAUCAGGCAUGGUUUCUGCAUGUAUAUCGGUUUUUAAACAUAUAGUUUAAUGUGGAUUGUAAACUCGUGACAUUCUUUAUUCAGUGUGGAUUGAUAUAUGAAUAUCUUUUCCUCUUAAAUCCAUGUAAAAAUAAAAAGUUAUGAAAUAAAUAAUAAUAGUUUUUAAAACUG